GUGACGUGACCGUGCUGCUGCGUGAGAUCAUGACACAGGCCCGCAACCUGACGGGCGCCGAGCGCUGCUCGCUCUUCCUGGUGGACAAGCGCUCCGACGAGCUGGUCGCCAAGGUGUUCGACGUGGCCGACGAGGCAGAGCAGAUCCCGUCGUGGAACGACUGCCAAGAGGAGAUCCGGCUGCCGAUGGUGACCGGCAUCGUGGGCCAGGUGGCCGCCUCCGGUGAGCUGCUCAACAUCCGCGACGCCUACGCGCACCCGCUCUUCUACCGCCAGAUGGAUGAGAACACCGGCUUCCGGACGCGGAGCAUCCUCUGCUUCCCCAUCAAGGACGAGAAGGAGGUGCUGGGUGUGGCCGAGCUCUGCAACAAGCUGACCGGGCCGUGGUUCACCAGCUUCGACGAGGAGGCGGCGCGCGCCUUCGCCAUUUACUGCGGCAUCGCGCUCGUCAACUCCUUCAUGUACCGCAAGGUCAUGGACACGCAGGAGCGUGUCCAGCUCUCCAACGAGCUCAUGAUGUACCACAUGCAGGUGUCGCGCGAGGAGACCGAGCAGCUGUGCGCCGAGCGGCCGGGGCCUGUCACGCGUCUGGCGCCUGCCUUCACCGCCUGGGAGCACUUCCCGCGCGACCUGGACGAGCGCCGCUGGCCCGUGGCCGUCAUCAGCAUGUACGAGGACCUCGGCUUGGUGGAGCGCUUCCGCAUCGAGCGCAGCACGCUGGCCAGGUUUGUACUGAUGGUGCGGAAAGGCUACAGGGACCCGCCGUACCACAACUUCAGCCACGCCUACUCGGUCGCUCACUUCGCCUACCUCACGCUGAAGAACAUUCAGCUGGUGGAGGACAAACGCCUCGAUGAGCUGGAGGCACUGUCGCUGCUCACAGCGUGCCUCUGCCACGACCUGGACCACCGGGGCACCACCAAUAGCUUCCAGGUGGCGUCGCGUUCCGUACUGGCCUCGCUGUACUCGUCCGAGGGCAGUGUGAUGGAGCGCCACCACUUCGCGCAGUCCAUGUGUAUCCUGAACACAGAGGGCUGCAACAUCCUGAGCCAGCUGCCGCGCAAGGACUACACCCACUGCCUGGACAUGGUGCAGGACAUGAUACUCGCGACGGACCUGAGCCAGCACCUGCGCAUCAUGCCGGAGCUGGAGGCGAUGGCGGCGACUGGGUACUGUCCGUCGGAACCGCGCCACCGCCGCCUGCUGCGCUCGCUACUCAUGACGUCCGCCGACCUCUCCGACCAGACCAAGCGCUGGCUCAGCAGUAAAAAGGCGGCGAAACUGGUGUACCGCGAGUUCUUCUCGCAAGGCGACAUGGAGAAGCAGAUGGGCAACGACCCGUCGGAGAUGAUGGACCGCGAGCGCGCGUUCAUCCCGAAGCUGCAGAUCCAGUUCCUGGACGACAUUGCGCUGCCUGUUUACAGCCUGCUGAGCUCGCUGUUCCCUUGCUCUGACGAGGUGUACGCCCAGACGAAGACGAACCGGCGCCACUGGCAGCGCAUGGCCGACAUCUGCAGCCGCCGCAACGCCACCAACGUGCAGAGCAUCGACGUGUUCGACAACGAGCGGCUGGAUCAGGAGGUGCUGACAUCUGACGGCGAACAGGACAGGCUACAGUGCGCCGCCACGCCGUCGAGCGUUGCCAACAGCCGGCUCUCGUCGCUUCGGCCGUACGUGUCGGGCGUCUUGCCGUGUUGUGUCAGCAAGAACGAGGUCACCGAGUGACGUCACGCCCCGGCCCGACUGUGAUAGGCGCUCCGGUCGCGGCCGGCGGCGCCCCGACAAUCCCGUCCCGCCGACGCCCAAGCGCACACCUGUCCCCGAUAUUACUGCGCUCUUGCCGAGGGAGAUAUUACCGCGAGCCGCGCGCCCGCGCCGGGUCCAGGAGCGGCGAUGCCGCGGCAGCCGCUGCGCCGCACCGCGUCAAUCCACGCUGAAGCAAUGGUUUUCCUGUGUUUUACAUGCGCCCCGCGGCGCGGGCGCGCGCUUUUCCGCUCGCCGCGCCUUCGGUGUGGCGCGCUCGCGCGCG